CGUCAUGCCUCCUGUCAUUUACACAUGACUUUCUCGCGGUGUUCAAGCUUUUAGGCACACUUCAUCUAUAUUGAGUACGGCGGGAAUCCAUCGGCAUUUUCCAGCAUGCGUUGCAUGCUCCCGACGCAUCCAAUCCAUUUCCUUUGAACUCAACGCCGUCUCGGUACAACAUCAUACAGCAGUGCAGCAGUGCAGCAGUGCCACUACCGCGGUGAUCUGUGCACCCAGGCACUCUCUAGAUCGCGACGACCUUUCCGUGUCCUCUCAGACAAGCAUGCCACCUACUUCGAAUAUGAGGAAGUCCUCGACGACCACCACGAUGGCGACAGCUACAGAGAUGCAACCAUCGCUGGCUUCCCUCGCUUCUCAUCCUCAAUCGCGUCGUAGCACCACAGGUCGCGCCAUACGGGUCAACGCAACUCGUCCCACCAACUACUAUGCCCGCACACUUGGUCAAAUGGGUGCCAGCAAUGAAGACGGCGCAACAGAUUUCAAUGGGGGACAGGGACACGGCUUCUACCCCGGCCUGCAGUACUUCGCCGACGCUAUCACAGCUUUACCAAAAGAGGUUAUGAAGCAGUUUACACUGAUGAAAGAAGUCGAGGCCAAGAUCCAUGGCCCGAGCGAGCGCCUGGGUGUUAUGAUCGAUGCGCUUAUGGCCCAGCCUGUACCCAGACGGAAACAAAUUAACACUGCGGCGGGAACAGGCCUAGGUCUCCUCAGCUUCACAGCCCAUAACAGCACCAGCGGGAGUACAAACGCCAGCGUCGUCAAUGGCAUGGCGGGGCGACAAGAGGUGCAGCCAUCACAUGCAGGCUCGAUUGACGGCGAGGAGCCAGCGGACAGUCAGGAAGAGCUUGCACGUCGAAUGCAAUAUAUUGAGCUUUGCAAAGAUCUGAAAAGCCUAAUACCUAAUUUGGACGAAAAGAACGGAGUAUUGGAAGAGGCCAACCGCGUCCUCGCUUUGCAGGAGAUGCGACUUGAUUCGGUUAUGCCACACGUGGAGAACGAGAUCAGCGAAGAAGCACGGUUAGGCAGCAUGACACAUUGGGCGUAUACGGACAAUAGACAGAAAAAGCAGGCUGGGGGAGCCGCGAACCGCAGGGAUGUCGCCGCCGCCAAUAGCCUUGCUGCAGCCGCAAGUCUGAUACACGAGCACGAAAUUUCGACAGCGCGAAGAGACGCCGGCAAAGAAGCUGCGAGAGAAAAGACCAAGGGCAAACGUGUCGAACAUCCUGGCGACUCCGACUUCGAUGAGAAGCCUAAAAAGCAAAAGCUGAGCAAAAAUCGUGCAGCGCAGGUGGAGGCAGCGGCUGUCGCAACGGGCCUAGGUAUAUCGGCGAAUGUCGAAACUACCACGAAGCGGAAAAAGGCCGCUGAACGAGCUCCUGGUGCGGUCGGGAUGGAGCGAAUCGCGUCUUCAUCUGGUCGUGGAGCAAAAGCGUCGCGCGAUCCUCCUCGUGCGGCGACUACUGUGGAUUCUGUCCCUGUCAAGAAAGCACCCAAGGCCAAGCAAGCACCACCCCCAGCCAAGCGCAAACUUCCGAGCUCCGCACAAGCAAGUCCAAUGUUGGCGAGCAGUCCCUUAGUCGUAUCUCAAACACAACCAACUCCCGAGACUUCAGCGUCCUCGAAACAGACGGGUGCUCGCUCUCGCGCCAACAAUGCUGCCACAACAAACUUGCGGCACGAGAGGUUGCAAGAGGAAGGGCCAAAUAGCCGCCCACCAUCAUCAUCUGGGAAGACCGCGAAUGCUUUGACUAGCCAAGCUAGCAUCAAUAUACCCGAGAACAACCACAAGAACAAUGGCGUGACAGAGCUGGGCAGCAGUGUGAAUGAGCGCGUCAAUGAUGAGGGUGCGGUCGGCGGCGCAGGAAACGCCGAUCCUGCCAUUAGCGGCAUUUCUGGAAACGUUGUGGAGAAGACCAACGGUCGCAGGAAACCAGUGGAAAAUAGCAAGGAACAGGAGAAGAAAGAAAGUGCAGAGUCGACUGCGCAACAGCUCACGGCAGUGGCCGCGAAGCUUCAACGAGAAGACGUGACAAUGACAGACGUGAACGACGAGCGUCGCCCAUCUGCUUCACAAUCUGGAUCGAACAGCAACAGCAACAAGAGUGGUCGUGGCUCAACCGUCGGCACACCUAAGACAGAGAGUUUUCCAUUAGCAGAUACCUCCAUGACUCGCACGCGGAGUGUGCGCGGUAAACCAAGCAUUCGUAGCGAAGGUCGAGAUAGUACCUCCUCGGAGCCUGUGCAAAACAUACCCAGUAAGCACAAGCGCGUGGCAUCAAAUAGCCAUCUUGUCAAACAAUUGGCGCCUUUCAAUCGAAGUCCGGACCUUGAUCGACACCGCGGCCGUGAUGACAUGGAUGAAGACCUCGAUUCUAAUGAAGAGAAAACGCUCGAGCCUGAGGAGCCCGAAGAAUCUGCCAACGACCCGAACAAAGACGCUGAAGCAAGCAUAGAGCGAAGCACUCGUCGCUCAAGUACGCGGCGACCCAUCUCGCGGCGUAACACAGGCCCGUUACGCUCUUCUUCUCCUGCAGCAACUUCUCGCGAUGCGACCACACCGAAUGACCAUUUGCCGACAACGGUAUCUCCUGUACCAGGCGCGCCUCCGUCCACACGGCAACAGCGCUCGGCGCAAUUUGCCUCGCGGACCCCUCAACAGGUACCACCGCCCGUUGCAGACGCGGAAGAUGAGGAAGAGGAUUCGGAGCACGAUCCGGACGAUCCAAAUGAGCCAAAGUAUUGCUACUGUAACCGCGGGUCCUAUGGAGAGAUGGUCGCCUGCGACAAUGACGAUUGUACGAGAGAAUGGUUUCAUCUGGGUUGCACGGAACUUCGAGAAGCACCUGGCGAGGAGGAGGUUUGGUAUUGCCGCGAGUGUCGACCCAAGUUCGGAAGAAAGAUCAAGGGCAGAAAUGGCCGGGCUGGAUGAGAUGGGUUCAAACACAUCGGAGAUAGCCCGAUCGUGUAAAAUUUGGGGGGAGGGCGGCUGAUUGGAUUUAGCUGCAGCGUCAUGGCGUUCAUAUAUCGAAAUGUGACAUGGUCAAGGGCAUCGAAAUUUUCACCUUCAGUCUCCAGCGGUACUCUGGCGAGCCCUUCAUACUUGCACUGUCUUACAGAUUGAUAUUCGACAAACUGCAAGGAAUUACCGUGCCUGAUAUAUUAUCACAGAGUCACGUGAUUUUGAUGCAGCUGCACCGACCUCCUCGGCUGUAGAGUAACGGGACGACAACGUAGAUUGGAGAGAAGGUCUCUGGACAAAACUUGCUGUGUUUGAUGCUUUGACGUCAAUAUCGAAUGCAA